GAAACUCAGUCACUCAGUCAGUGAGUGAGAAAGUAACGGUGUGUGAGAGAGAGAGAGUGCAGCAGCUGUGGCCUCCCACUAGCCGUUAGCAGUUAGCCUCAGUGUUAGUCUUGCUUAGGAUGAAGGAGCGUUGUGCCGUGUGCCCCCUCCGCCACCAGGCUUGGCCACCAUGCAGCAGCCCCCUGCCAGCCUCUCUCACCUUGCCUUCACCCUCUGUACCCUGCUGACUACUGCCCUGUGUCUGUGUGUCUGUUGACAGACGAGUCGUACCAGAAGCUGGCCAUGGAGACCAUGGAGGAGCUGGACUGGUGUCUGGACCAGCUGGAGACCAUCCAGACCUACCGCUCCGUCAGCGACAUGGCCUCCAACAAGUUCAAGAGAAUGUUGAACCGGGAGCUGACACACCUCUCAGAGAUGAGUCGCUCCGGUAACCAGGUGUCCGAGUUCAUCUCCAACACCUUUAUGGACAAACAGAACGACAUGGACAUGCCAUCUGUGACGCCCAAGGAGAAGGCUGGUCGGGAGAGGAAGAAGCAGCAACAGCUGAUGACUCAGAUCACUGGAGUGAAGAAGGUCUCUUAUGGACCCUCCCUCUCCAACUCAUCCAUCUCACGUUUCGGGGUCAAGACGGACAAGGAGGACAUGCUCUCCAAGGAACUGGAGGAUCUGAAUAAGUGGGGUCUGAACAUCUUUACCGUGUCAGAGUACUCCGAACAUAGACCUCUCACCUGUAUCAUGUACGCCAUCUUCCAGGAGAGAGACCUGCUGAAGACCUUUAAGAUCCCGACAGAGACGUUUGUUGCGUACAUGAUGACCCUGGAGGACCACUACCAUGGAGACGUGGCCUACCACAACAGCCUCCACGCGGCAGACGUGGCCCAGUCCACACACAUCCUGCUCUCUACACCAGCCCUCGAUGCGGUCUUCAGCGAUCUAGAGAUCUUGGCGGCCAUCUUUGCUGCAGCAAUCCAUGAUGUGGACCACCCGGGGGUGUCCAACCAGUUCCUCAUCAAUACCAACUCUGAGCUAGCCCUGAUGUACAACGAUGAGUCCGUGUUAGAGAACCACCAUCUAGCUGUGGGCUUCAAGCUGCUGCAGGAGGACAACUGUGACAUCUUCCAGAGCCUGACCAAGAAGCAGAGGCAGAGUCUGAGGAAGAUGGUCAUCGAAAUGGUUCUGGCCACUGACAUGUCCAAGCACAUGAGUCUGUUAGCUGACCUGAAGACCAUGGUGGAGACCAAGAAGGUGACCAGCUCUGGGGUCCUGCUGCUGGACAACUACACCGACAGAAUACAGGUGCUGAGGAACAUGGUUCACUGUGCUGACCUGAGUAACCCUACCAAGUCUCUGGAGCUGUACCGUCAGUGGACCGACCGCAUCAUGGAGGAGUUCUUCCACCAGGGAGACAGGGAGAGGGAGAGAGGCAUGGAGAUCAGCCCCAUGUGUGACAAACACACUGCCUCAGUAGAGAAAAGCCAGGUGGGUUUCAUAGACUACAUCGUCCACCCUCUGUGGGAGACGUGGGCUGACCUGGUGCACCCUGACGCUCAGGACAUCCUGGACACUCUGGAGGACAACAGGAACUGGUACCAGAGCAUGAUUCCCCAGAGCCCCUCUCCUCCCUGGGCCACGGAGCAGCGGGAGCAGGGUGGAGGUGAAGGGGGCCAGGCGGGAGACAAGUUCCAGUUUGAACUCACCCUGGAGGAGGAGGACUCUGAGGGUACAGAGAAAGAUGAACAGAGCCAGGGGGAUGAGGAGGAGGAAGAGGAUGUUUUGGGGGAGUCGUCUCGGUCUCCGGUUGACUACUUUGACUGUCAGGACCCCGAGGAAUCCAUGGAGCCCACGUCAUCCAUAGCGAUAAUUACCCAAGAUGCAUCACCCACAGACACUUAAUGGGCUCUGCUGCACCGCAAUGGUGGUUGGUUUAAUGUUUUAAACAGGAGAAAUCCUGCAGCUGUGCUUUUUAACAAGCCCACGGGGGUCUUAGUUUGAGCUCGCAUGGGGCGUCAGUUUCAACCCCCCCAUCCUUGCACUUGCGUUAGGAGCCGGCAACAGAGGGACAGUUUCAGUGGGGCGGCUACGGAGUUCUCAGGAAAAAUGCUGCGAACAUUUUGGGCCUGAAGGACGGAAAGUCCUCUGAGGAAAUUAAAUGAAGGACUUGGGCCAAUCUGGGAAAUGGUUGUUUUUCCAUCCCGACUGGCAUCUGAAAUGUCGACACUACUACUGAGAGAAGUUUUGUACCUUGUGACUUUUUUACUGAAAUGGGAUGUCAUGAGGUAGCUUAUGAUCUACUGAUUGAUGGACAUGAGUUUAUAUAGAGAGAAAAAAAUAUGGUCACUUUUUUCUUGUAUCAUUUGUCAGAGGACUUUUGUGUGCCUUUUUACUAUUAUCUUUUGAAUUGUUUUUUUAAUUUAUUGAACACACUUUAGUAUGAAUGUUUUUUUUUGUUUCGUUUUUUCGAAAGCUCAAGAGCAAAAUCCUUUUAUAUCUCAGACAAAGAGAACGGUCUUCCUACUAGUAUUGGGCAAUAGAAGAAAUCCUAACUAACUUAGACAAACAAUUCCUGGACAUACUCAUCAAAUGCUAAAAACAUGUUUUCCCAUAAUAAGAAAUACACAUUCUGUCAUCUUAAUCCAUGUACAAAAUCUAUGUUUCUAUAUGAAAAUGAAAUGUACACAAUGUACACAUUCGUGUUACAUGUCUAGAUUGUCAGACCUCACUGUAGACAAAUGGUAGGCAGAUAGAUGUUCACUCUAACUCCAGAAAACAGUUACACAACAUUCUGACAUCUAACCUGCUUCCCCACAAUCUCCCUCAUGGAUCAAAUCCUGAUAUCGUUCAGACUCCAAACAAAUGUCAACAUCAUAGACAGAAAUAGCACUUGGCAGCCAAAGCAAAGUUUCUUAUCACAUGCAGUUGGAAGGCUAUUUCCAGCUUCCUCUCGAGGUAUCCUGCUGUUGUCUAUUACUCCUACUAGACCAAAGAUUCCAGAACCUAACUGGUUCUGAUAAUGUAACAAUAUAACUAAGGGAGGACCCCCUGUCCCUGUAGAAUCAGGACCGGUCCAGAUGAUGAAAGGUGGCCGGGCGGCUGCAUGUCUAGAAGUCAGCUGCACUAUAAUUAUUCACAUGGUUUAUACAGUUCAGCUAUUUAUUCAUCCACCUAAUAAAAGGGAAUGAAGUUCUGCUACUACCCAUUGACCUUAAUCUUCCCUUCCCACUAACUGUAUCACAUUUCCUGGCCGGACGGGAAGUUUAUCAGGAUUUGGUCCGUUAGAUUUAAUCCUCAGAUUAGAUUCGGCACGUAGAAACUGUCGAAUGUCUGCUGCAAACCCCAAACCCGAGGUGAAAAAUACUUAUUGUUGAGAACAAGAGGAUGAUGACCCACAGUAGUAGGUUAUCUAGAGAUGAUGUGACAGAGACACCAAACCAAAGGGCCCCGGACAGUGUAGUUCACUGUCACUGUGGGUCAGCAUUAAGACCGUCAACCCCAGGCGGUCUGCAAGGCAGAUUGUCCCUUACAGGCCUCCAUGGCUGGUUUUCAUGACGGCCUAUUCAGCAUCUAUGACCUAUUCUCCAUUAUUCACUUCGGUUUACUGACAUACUCAAAGGUACUUCAACUACCUUAUUGUCUAUAACCUCACUCACUCCAGCAGGCUUACAUGGUAAUCGUGUGUUGUGUUGUGUGUGUGUGUGUGUGUGUGUGUGUGUGUGUGUGUGUGUGUGUGUGUGUGUGUGUGUGUGUGUGUGUGUGUGUGUGUGUGUGUGUGUGUGUGUGUGUGUGUGUGUGUCAUAAAAUAUGAGUGUGAGAGUACGUGUGUGUAUGCAUGUUAGUCUUUGUCACCUAGGCUCAACAUGACUCCUCUUAUUGUCUGUCACUAGAGCUCAAGCUGGUCCUUUGCUGUUUAUAACAGUGUAUUCAUUACAUUCAGUUGUACUGUACAUAAGAAUACUGUUUCAGUCAGUGUAAAUCUAUUUUAAUUUAUAUGCACUUGCAUUACCUGGAAGGGGUGGUGUCUAACAUGUACAGGGCUCUGCGUCGGAGUCUUUUUAUAUCCUCUAUUUGUUUUUUUUAUUAUAUAAUAAGUCAAUAUAUAUUCGCACAAAUGUUUGAGUGCCCUGAGCAGCAGCUAAAGAGACAUAUUCACAACCUGUAGGUUUACCACGCAUAGAGGACAUGUUAAACAACAGAGGCCUGGGUAUAGCUAUGAUAAGCUGUGGAGAAGCUUUGAUACUGUAGUCUGUCACUAGUCCACACCGAGACGUUCUCCUCUCAGCAGCUUCUAGUAGUGACUAAUCCAUGCUCCUCUGUGCAACAGUUUCAAUGCAGAUUGCUGAUUUGGGGUUCAGAUCCACUGGUUCGACAGAAUUAAGGAAUAACAACAGACAGACAGAGUGUCUGCUCCUUUACACGUCCUUCCAUGUAAAGUAGUUCAAGGGGAUUAUUGGUGGCAUGCUACAAUAUCUCUGAGCUGAACGUGAUGAAUCGUUACAAAAAUGUGAUCUUCUUGUAAUUGAUUGUGCUAUUGUGAACUAUUUUGAUUUGACCAAAACGUGUUAGCAGUUUUGAAAUUCAAAUUUGUCACCAGUAUAACAUUGUUAAUCUAUGUUAAACAUUUUGGUCCGAGUUGUGUCCAAAUGGUUAGCCACGCUUGGCACUAUCUGCAUGAGAGAUGUUUUUUUUUUUUUUUUUUUUUUUUUUUACAUGUCUUUUGAAUACCUACCUAACGCGUUACAGUCGCAGCGGACAUAUUAAAUGUUUCACACAAUGUAUGGUAUAAUAUUGUAUAUUGUGUUAAAAUAUCAGAAAAUACUUUUUCUAUGAAGUGAUUAAAAAAUAAAGCAUGAAUAUCUUU